AUGGCCCUGCCUCUGCAGCUUUGUGCUACCCCAGGUGCCCAAACAAAUCCAUAUGGCUUUAUCCUGCAUCCCUCCAUCCCUGCAGCAUCCUUAAUGCCAGGACACGGUGCCCACACUGGGAUGUGGCACCUUCACCUUUUUCCCUGCCAGCCCCGGUGGCUGCUGCUUCUCCAAGGCUUUGUGUUUACCAUCACCUUGGGAAGGGAUUAUUCAGCCUGCGGUUUCUUCGCUCUGUCCGGUGCUGCUCGGCUACCUGUGGCUCGCUGCCACCCCCUGAGCUCCACACCGGACUAUAUAAGUGACCUCAGUGCCGCAGCUGCAGGGAGCUUUGCACACAACCCGGCUCGGCUCAGCUCGGCAGCAACACGGGACCGUUUGUUUAUGGGACGGGGCCGGGGGUUUGGAGUUGGGGAUGGUUCUUUGCUGCCACGGGGCUAUUUGAUCUCCCUCGGCUCCGACCCUGCAGAGCCGGGACACGAUGCCAAACUCUCCUUGCUGCCAGGAGCCGUCUGCUUGAACCCCCUUUCCUCCUGCAGAGGGACGUAUCCCAUCCCAAAGCCGACACUCAACAAGUCGCAGCCAGCUCCUGGAUUAGGUAGGGGGUCUGGGGAAGGUGGGGGAUACUCCAAGAAGCCCCCGGUCACUUCUGAGACAACAAUAGUCACCAUGAAAGGAUGGAUCCUUCUCCUCCUGGGAGUCACAUCCAUUUUAGGCCAGAAGCUUCUGAAACCAGCCCUCAGCAGGAUCCAGAUAGGAUAAAGAACCUUCAGCCCGUUGGUAACGCUCAGCUUGGACAGUACCAGGAGCAGCUCUCGCUGGGGAGACCCGACCUUCGUCUACGCCAGACGCAGUCCUCUGGUGCAAGAUUCCAACAGAUAUUUGUCUCCGUGGUCGAAGUGGAGUGAGUGCUCAGCCCAGUGUGGCCAAACCGGGGUGCAGAAGUACACCAGGUCCUGCAUGGCUGAGCGUCUCUGGGGCGUGCACUGCAACGAGGUGACGGAGGAAGUGAGGCUCUGUAUCGGGGACAUGUGCUCAGCCUGUAACCUCACCUGCCCCAUGGGCCAUGUCAAUGCCGACUGUGACUCCUGCAUGUGCGAGGAUGCAACCCUGCACAGAAAGGUCUCUCUGGAGGAUGGGUCUCCUGCUGCUGAGGCCAGGGUCUACCUGCAAGCUAAGAAACUCAAGCUGUUGACCACAGUCGAUAACAGGGGAACAUUUAGGAUCCCAGGAAUUUGUCCUAAUGGCAAAAACACCCUUAAAAUAAAAAAAGCCAAAUACACGACAGCGACUGUCACCGUGCCCGAGAGCAACAGGAGGAACCUGACAAUCCAAGUGCAGCUGCAAAGAUCAGGCAAACCCUACAUUACCAGGAGCCCCGAGGACAAAGUGUGGAGAGUGGGACAGAGCGUGUCACUGUUCUGGGAUGCCCUGGACAGCCCCACCCCUGACCAGUACCUCUGGUAUCACAAUGGCUCUCUGCUGGAUCCCUCCUUAUACAAAUAUAAAAAUAACCUGAUUCUGAAGAACUUGAACAGAGACCAUUCUCGAGAGUAUUUCUGCAAGGCCAGCAGCCCCGGGGGCUCAGCCAAGUCCCAGCCUGCCAAACUAACUGUCAUAGGAAGACAAGAGGCACCCUGCAACUCCCAGCCCCAAAGCCACCUCAUCCGCCUUCCUCACGACUGCUUCCAAAGAGCAACCAACUCCUUCUACUACAACGUGGGCAAGUGCCCAACGAAGACCUGCACUGGGAAGCUGGACAAGGGACUCUGGUGUAAGGAUAACAUCGCCUACUGUUGUGGGGUGUCCAGGAUGGAAACCAGAGACAUCUCCUGUGACGGCUAUACGCUCCCCACCAGAGUCGUUGUGGAAGGUGGCUGCAAAAAAUGCACCGAGACCAAAAUAACAGUUAGAGGCAGAGCCACGGCGGCAGACAACGGGGAGCCACUGAGGUUUGGCCACAUCUACAUGGGCAACAAGAGAGUGAGUAUGACAGGCUACAAAGGAACCUUCUCCAUCCACAUCCCAGCAGACAUGGAGAGGCUGGUUCUGACUUUUGUGGACCGGCUGCAGAAGUUUGCAAACACAACCAAAGUUCUGCCCUUCAAGGAAAACGGAGGUGCUGUGUUUCACGAGAUCAAGCUCCUGAGAAAGCGAGCCCCCAUUAUGCUGGAAUCCAGCGAGACCAAUGUGAUUUCUCUGGGAGAGAUGGAAGAAGAAGAUCCAAUUGCCGAACUAGAAAUCCCUCCCAAUGCGUUUUACAGGAAAAAUGGAGAAGCCUACAGAGGCAAAGUGAAAGCCAGUGUGAUGUUUCUGGACCUGAGGAACAUCUCAACUGCCCCCGUGACACCGAGCAACCUCAACUUUGUAGAUGAGGAAGGAGACAUCUUCUGCACCUACGGCAUGUUCUCAGUGGACUUCACCGAUGAGAAGGGCACCGAGUCUCUUAACGUGGAAGAGGUGAAGGUUCAUUUGGAUGCCGCUCAGGUCAAGAUGCUGGAGCACCUGCAAGAGAUGAAGCUUUGGUCCCUGAACCAGGAGACAGGAUUAUGGGAGGAAGAAGGGGACUUCAACCUGGAGAAAAGCAGACGUCGCAAAAGGGAGGAGAGGACUUUUUUGUUCGGGAACAUGGAGAUCAAAGAGAGGCGGCUUUUUAACCUGGACGUCCCGGAGAGCAGAUGGUGCUACGUCAAAGUCCGAGCCUACAGGAGUGAGAGGUUUCUGCAGAGCGAGCAGAUCCAAGGGGUCGUGAUUUCCGUCAUAAACACAGAGCCGGAACCGGGCUUCUCCUCCAACCCCUGAGCGUGGAGACGUUUCGACAGCAUGGUCACUGGUCCCAGUGGUGCCUGUGUGCCCACCUUCUGCGACGAGCAAAACCCCGAGGCCUACGCGGCUUAUAUCUUGGCGAGCCCGGGGCCAGAAGAGCUCGAGGCCGUGUCCUCCGCUCCCAAACUCAACCCUAACGCCAUCGGGGUUCCACAGCCCUACCUCAACAAGCUCAGCUACAGGAGAACAGACCACGAGGACUCCAAUACUAAGAAAACGGCGUUCAGCAUCAACAUGGCCAAGCCGAGCCUCAACUCCCCAGAAGAUAACAAUGGCCCUAUUUAUGCCUACGAGAACCUCAGGGAAUGCGAGGAGGCUCCGCCCAGCGCCACCCACUUCAGGUUCUACAGGACAGAGGGAGAUUGCUAUGACUACAACACCGUUCCCUUCAGCGAAGAUGACCUCAUGAGCUAGACCGACGACUACCUGGCAUGGUGGCCCAAGCCCAUGGAAUUUAGAGCCUGUUACAUCAAAGUGAAAAUAAAUGGGCCGCAAGAGGUGAACGUGAGAUUGCGGAACAUGGGCGGGACGCACCCGCAGACCAUCGGCAAGCUCUACGGCAUCAGAGACGUGUGCAGCACUCAUGACCUGGCGCAGCGGGACGUGUCGGCCGCCUGCCUGGAGUUCAAGUGCAGCGGGAUGCUCUUCGACCAGGACCGUGUGGACCGCAUUCUCGUGAAGGUGAUCUCCCAAGGCAGCUGCCGCAGAGAAAGCGUCAACCCCAUGCUCUAUGAGUACCUGGUGAACCACCUGCCCAUGACCACCACCACCAACUCCAGCGAGUACACCAUGCUGGCUCCUCUUGACCCACUGGGGCAUAACUAUGACAUCUACACCAUCACCGACCAAGACCCGAGGAUCGCCAAGGAAAUCGCUCUGGACAGGUGUUUUGACGGCACCUCUGACGGCACCUCCAGAACCAUGAAGAGUAACGUGGGUGUUGGGUUGACUUUCACCUGCUUGGAGAGGAGCACGGCGGAGCAAAGCAUCUUCAAGUCCCAGAGGAACUCAGGCCAGCAGACCAUCCUGGCUCUGCCAGGGGAGAGCCCGGCGUACCGACGGCAGUCAGUGAGCUGCCGGGUCACCCAAGACAGGAUCCCCACCAGAUGCCAAGGUUCUCCCUUGUAUUAA